AUGAGCGAUGAUGGGCAAGGACAGCCUCCAGCGCAGGCAGAGACGCUGGAGGCAGAGAUCCCUUCAAGCACCGGCAGAAAAAGGGUCGUCGUGGUCGGAUUGGGCAUGGUCGGCAUAGCAUUCAUCGAGAAGUUGAUGAAGCUGGACGCGAAGCGAAGAGAGUACGAUGUCAUUGUCAUUGGCGAAGAACCGCAUCUGGCCUACAACCGCGUGGGUUUGACGUCGUUCUUCCAGCAUCGGAAUGUCGAGGACCUCUAUUUGAACCCUGCCAGCUGGUACUCAUCCAUGCCGGAAGGUUCGCUGAACUACCAUCUCAACACUCUCGUCACCUCGAUCGAUACCGGAAGCAAGACGGUCGGCACCUCAAGCGGAGAUACUGUAUCAUACGAUAUUCUGGUGUUGGCGACCGGGUCUGACGCGAUUCUGCCACGACAUUUGCCCAACUAUUCUGCAAACGGUGUCUUCGUGUACAGAACAAUCGACGACCUCCAGAAACUAAUCAACUUCGCUUCGUCGAAAAAGGGAACCGUGGGAGCCGUCGUGGGAGGUGGACUUCUUGGUCUCGAAGCCGCCAAAGCAAUGAUGGAUCUCGAAGAGUUCAGCAAAAUCAAGCUCAUCGAACGCAAUAAAUGGGUGAUGAGCCGGCAGCUUGACGGCGAUGCUGGUGGGAUGGUCGUUGAGCAAGUGCGGAAUCUUGGUGUUGAUGUCUUGCUGUCGAAGCGAGUAGGAAGGCUCAACACUGACGGCGAAAACAACCUUACCGGCGUUACGUUUGAGGAUGGAGAGGAGAUGGAGUGCACUUGCAUCACAUUUGCCAUUGGUAUCAAAAGUCGGGACGACCUCGCUCGUGGUAGUGGCAUCAAUUGUUCCGAUAGGGGAGGGAUUGUGGUCCAACCAGAUCUCUCUACCAACGUGAAGGACGUCUAUGCCAUCGGCGAGUGUGCAAGCUGGGAGGAUCAGACGUUCGGUUUGAUCGCACCUGGUAUUGAGAUGGCGGAUGUCCUUGCCUUCAAUCUCACACAAGCCAAAGCACACGCACCGCGGAAGUUCCAGCGGCCGGAUCUCAGUACCAAACUAAAACUUCUCGGUGUCGAUGUCGCCUCGUUCGGAGACUUCUUUGCGGACAGGGAUGGGCCAAAGCAUGUACCUGCCAGACGUCGGGCGAAAAAGGAUGAGUCGAGCGAUGCCACAGAUCAGAAGAAAAGCGAACCUCAGGUCAAGGCUCUGGUGUACCAGGAUCCAUUCCAGCACGUCUACAAGAAAUAUCUGUUCACCAUGGACGGAAAAUAUCUGCUCGGUGGCAUGAUGAUAGGCGACACCAAAGACUACGUCAAACUCGUCCCGAUGGUGAAAAGCCAAAAGGCCCUCGAGAUCCCGCCGAGCGAACUCAUUGUCGGCGCCGCGAAAAGCGACGAUGCGAGUGCUGACGACCUGCCCGACGACACCCAGAUAUGCUCCUGUCACAACGUAUCCAAAGGAGGCAUCUCUGAGGUGAUCAAGGACGGCACCUGCAAAGCCAUCGGCGACGUCAAGAGCUGCACCAAAGCCGGCACGGGAUGCGGAGGCUGCAUGCCUCUCGUCCAGACCAUCUUCAACAAAACCAUGGCAUCGAUGGGUCAGGAGGUCAAGAACCAUCUAUGUCCCCACUUCGAGUAUUCACGAGCCGACCUGUUUAACAUCAUAUACGUCAAGAACCUGCAAAGCUUUCCUGACAUUAUGAAGGAAGCCGGCAAAGACCCGAAUUCUAGCGGGUGUGAGGCGUGCAAGCCGGCUCUGGGAUCGAUCAUCGCUUCUCUGUAUAACAAGAACAUCAUUGAUCCGGAUAGGAGAGGGCUGCAGGAUACGAACGAUAAGUUCCUGGCCAACUUGCAGCGCAACGGGACAUUCUCGGUCAUACCGCGUGUGGCUGGUGGCGAGAUUACGCCGGAAAAACUAAUUGUGAUUGGAACGGUGGGGAGGAAGUAUGGGUUGUACACCAAGAUUACAGGAGGUCAACGAAUUGACAUGUUCGGCGCGAAGAAGCAAGAUCUCCCCGCCAUCUGGCAAGAACUCAUCGACGGCGGCAUGGAAUCUGGCCAUGCAUACGCCAAAGCCCUCCGCACGGUCAAGUCCUGCGUUGGCACGACGUGGUGUCGCUUUGGCAUCGGCGAUAGCGUAGGCAUGGCUGUGCGGUUGGAGGAGCGGUACAAGAGUAUCCGAUCGCCGCAUAAGCUCAAAGGCGGUGUUUCGGGCUGUGUGAGAGAGUGCGCGGAAGCGCAGAGCAAGGAUUUCGGGUUGAUUGCUACUGAGAAAGGUUUCAAUAUCUUCGUCGGAGGUAACGGAGGAGCCACGCCUCGCCAUACUGACCUGCUGGCCAAAGACGUACCUCCUGACGACGUCAUCCCGAUUCUCGACCGCUAUCUGAGCUUCUACAUCCGGACUGCCGAUAAGCUUCAGCGUACUGCUCGGUGGAUCGAGAACCUGCCAGGCGGCAUCAACUACUUGAAGGAGGUCAUACUGGAUGACAAGCUUGGCAUCUGCGCCGACCUCGAGAAGCAGAUGGAAGACCUAGUCGGCACCUUCUUCUGCGAGUGGACAGAAGUGCUGAAGUCUCCGGAGCGCAAGAAGCUGUUCUCCCAGUUCGCUAAUACCGACGAGACGGUGGAGAACGUCGAGAAAGUCACAGAACGCGAGCAGCAACGGCCAGCGAAAUGGCCCAAAGAGUCCGUCACCGAAGACUUCCGCGGUAUCAAAUGGAGCAACCUCAGUUGGCAGCCUCUUGCGAAGGUCGACCAGUUCUUGGAAUCGCAGGCUGGCUCGAGCGUGGCUGUCAAGCGUGGAGACACUCAACUUGCUAUCUUCAAGGUGAAGGGCAUAUAUUAUGCAUCGCAGCAGAUGUGUCCCCACAAGCGCGCCUUCCUGCUGAGCGACGGCUUGAUCGGCGACAACAACAGUGACAAGCUCUGGGUCAGCUGUCCAGUGCACAAGCGCAACUUCGAGCUCAAAGGCGAGACCGCCGGCAAAUGCAUGAACGACGAAUCUGUCAAUAUCGCUACGUUCCCGGUUGAGGCGAGGGAAGACGGGUUGGUGUAUGUGAAGCUGCCUCCGGUGGAGGAGUUGGAUGGUGCGUUGUCGACAGAGAAGUACAAGGUCAAAGGGGAUACGGAGACGAAUCCAUUUGAGGGCAUAGACCGCAAGAUUAAGCCGAUGAAGGGGAGGAAGGGCAUCAAUCCUAGCCAUCUGCCCGACGGGUUGGGGAUGCACGGGAAAGCGCAGCAGAUUCUGGCGGGAGGGGAGCGCGGCUCGGGUGGCAUAGACUGGUAA